AUGUUGAGCGGUGCACCUAGCAAGCCACAGAUGCGUAUAGGUGCAAAUCGAGCAACACGGGAAACCAAAGGCGCCCAACCUGAUGAGUUUACUCCGUCGAAUGACGAGGAUGUGACUCGUAAUACUGAAGACGAAGCAACAACAGAGAUUGCCGGUGGUGCAAUGGGAACUGAACCUAAUAAGUCAACUCUGCCGAAAGACCAGGAUUUGUCGGAUAAAAUUGUCAUCGAAAAUCCACCUUUGCCUCUUGAUCAAGUAAUAGUAAGCCAUUCCACCAAAAAUUAUAUCCAACUGCGCGAAAAAUUCCAUGGCUUAAUACAAAACAUCCUAAAGGGGAUUGAUAGUUUCAUUACCUCCGGUGAUGGUAGAGCUCCAAUGGAAGCAUCUGUCAUGUCGUGCGACGUUAACGUUACCAUUGCGUUUGGGGAUCUUGGCAGGAAAUUCAGGUUUACUUGUGAAGACAAAAACCCUGCGAUCCCUUCUUCAGCGGAACAGGGCAUGAACGACUGUGGCACCCAUAAUUUCCACGUAAAGUGCUUGGGCAACAUCAGCGGAGCAUCAGCUGAUGGUAUGGAGGACGAAAACGAAUCGCUGGACCCAAAGAACUAA